UGUUUUACUUUUAAACCGCCAAGUGUGUGUGAGUCCAUAGAUCUGCUUAUCAUGCGAAAUCUGUGUCGCCUUAUAAUACUUCAAUAGUUCUUUUUCUCUCACUUGAUUUUAUAUUAAUACUAGUGAGUUACAGAUUCUAGAAGUCAAGUUACCAGUCAUGUGGAGAUUACAAUUGACAUUAGUGUUGCUGUUGUCCUGCAUUGAUUUGAGCAGUACCAAAAUUUGGCAGAUUCCUCUCCCAGACAACCUUCAAGAGUGUUACAGCCGCGUGAAAGAUGCACAACCUGACAGCUUCAUUGGAAGUCUUUACACUUGGCUAUGCGAGCACACAACGGUGAAUGCCACGAGACCAAAGACGAAAUUAAGUGACAAUGACGCUUAUAUCAUUGGGCUUUAUGAAAAGGCCUUCGGUACCUCGAACAGAACAGGUCGACAAGUACCCAGCAAGUGUGUCAGAAAAGAAUACCGCAUGCUAACACUAGAAGAAAGGAAGAGAUACCAUAAUGCAAUCAACACACUCAAGAGAGACACUUCAGUUCGACCAAACCGCUAUGACGCCAUUGCAGGGAUUCACACAGCUUCAAUCAGCGGGACAGCUCACGGUGGACCUGGCUUUCUCGGCUGGCACAGGAUCUUUUUAUUCAUAUAUGAGCGUGCCUUAAGACAAGUAGAUCCACGAAUUUGUUUGCCAUACUGGGACUCUACUCUUGAAAGUGAUCUUAAUAACCCUCUUGAAUCAUUGAUAUGGUCAGCUGAAUAUUUUGGAACAGCCAGAGGUCCAGUGAGAAGAGGACCAUUUGCAAACUGGAGACUUCCUAAUGGAACCCAGCUGAUUAGGAAUGUAGGAGUCGAUGGCGAUUUACUAAACAAUCAAAUUAUUAAUGGCAUUCUUUCAAGACGCAGAUAUGAAGAGGUCGUUUCAACAGGUUCAGCAGCUGAUUCUAGACAACAAUACGACAUCGAGUAUCAACAUGGGACAGUGCACAUGUUCGUUGGCGGAAUGAUGGCUAACCUGAACACAGCGGCAUAUGAUCCAAUUUUCUAUAUGCACCAUGCAUUCAUAGACUACAUCUUUGAAAGGUUCAGAGACAGACUGAGAAGUCUUCGAAUUGACCCCAGUGUUUACCCAAGAUGGAGUGGCAAGCGUGAACAUGCAGCCAACGCCCCGACCUAUUUCUCCACCCACACCCAGAAAGACGGCUAUAGUGACCUUCUAGCCAACACCGUUAGUUACGAACCUGUGCCUAACUGUACGGCCUCAAGACCUUCUUGUGGACCAGGUUCAUUGGUGUGCAAUGUGACGUCGGGGCGGUGUCUUCCCUCCAUAAAAAAGAAGAAAAGAACGAAAAGAGAUACAGAGGAAAGCUCUGACGACUUGGAUGUUUGUGAGGCAAAGCUACCUUACGCUCAGCCCAACCAGAACGACUACUGCUGCGACGGGUCAUGUGACAUUGAUAACUGGGUGAUGAUCCCUGUCAGAAUUGUCAAUAUGAGGCCACCUAAUCUACAAAAGUACAGUAGCUACCCUGUCAAGGACGGCUCGGUAGAAAGCGACUUAGAUAUUUAUUCGCCUAAAGGAUCCAAAUCCUUAAUGACCUACAUUACCGACAAACAAGGAAAUCUGAAAUGUUACGCCAAAUGCGAGGAAGACAACUCUGUAGGUCAAAUCUUUUUGUACUCUCAUGGUAUCAAUUACGAUGGCUACUAUAAAGAAUCUACUAUUGUUGACCAGAAACUGUCCGUUUCGGUGUCAAUGGGCUAUGUUGGCGUCAAGAAACCUGCGGAUGUUCCAGGUGGGGUGAGUAGGGCCCUGGUUCGAGCCCAUGAUGCUUGUGGUCGCAUGUGUCACGUGGCCUGUCUCGACAAAAAACAAGGCGAGUACAGGCUGUGUUCCGGGGCAAUAGCUGUCAAUAACGAGCGACCACUUAUGUAUGGACGUCAGUUUGACGACGCUGUUUUAAGUGUGUUUGACUACACAGAGGACAACAAAGCGCCGAAAUUCAGAGUGGACAACCUGUAUCUGUCUUUCUACUGUGACUACAGUGGUAAAUACCCCUUCGCUAAACCUCUGGCCACUGAGUUCUAGUCAAUCAGGUCCACAAGAUAUUCCGAUGUGAUGGAUUUGAAAUAACAGAGAGGCUUUAAGUUACAUUACAGAUACUAUUUUAAUAAAAUGGAAAAUAAAAAUAGUCAUAGUG